UUCCACUAGCGGGGAGCAGGAAACCCGGCGCAGCCGGGCGCAGCGGGCCGCGAUGCAGCAGCAGCAGGAGUCGCCCCGGGGCAGCAGCGGCAGAAGCAGCAGAAGCAGCAGCGGGCGGCGCUGAGCCGCCGCGGCCGCCGCUACUGAGGAAGAAGCCGGACCAGCCGCCGCCGAGUCCCGACACCCGCGCCCACAUCCCGGCGUCCCGAUUCCCGCGCCCCGGUCCCGGCUCCCCGACCCCCGCGUCAGCCUCCGCUAACUUUCACGCUGCCUCGGCGGCCCGGCCCGGCUCGACGCCAAUGGUGGAGGCCAUAGUGGAGUUUGACUACCAGGCCCAGCACGACGAUGAGCUGACGAUCAGCGUGGGUGAAAUCAUCACCAACAUCAGGAAGGAGGAUGGAGGCUGGUGGGAGGGACAGGUCAAUGGCAGGAGAGGUUUGUUCCCUGACAACUUUGUAAGAGAAAUAAAGAAAGAGAUGAAGAAAGACCCUCUCUCCAGCAAAGCUCCAGAAAAACCCAUGCACGAAGUAUCCAGUGCAAAUGCUUUGCUGUCUUCUGAAACAAUUCUAAGAACCAACAAGAGAGGCGAGCGACGGAGGCGCCGGUGCCAGGUGGCGUUCAGCUACCUGCCCCAGAACGAUGAUGAGCUUGAGCUGAAAGUUGGCGACAUCAUAGAGGUGGUGGGAGAGGUAGAAGAAGGAUGGUGGGAAGGUGUUCUCAAUGGAAAGACUGGAAUGUUUCCUUCCAACUUCAUCCAGGAGCUUUCGGGGGAGUCAGAUGACCUUGGCAUUUCCCAGGAUGAGCAGCUGUCCAAGUCAAGUUUAAGGGAAACCACAGGCUCCGAGAGUGACGGGGGUGACUCGAGCAGUACCAAAUCCGAGGGUGCCAACGGGACAGUCGCAACGGCCGCAAUCCAGCCGAAGAAAGUUAAGGGAGUGGGCUUUGGAGAUAUUUUCAAAGACAAGCCAAUAAAACUAAGACCAAGGUCGAUCGAGGUAGAAAAUGACUUUCUGCCGGUGGAAAAGACUAUUGGCAAGAAGUUACCUCCAACUGCAGCAACUCCAGACUCGUCAAAACCAGAAAUGGACAGCAGGACAAAGACCAAGGAUUACUGCAAAGUAAUAUUUCCAUAUGAGGCACAGAACGACGAUGAAUUGACAAUCAAAGAAGGAGAUAUAGUCACUCUCGUCAAUAAGGACUGCAUCGACGUAGGCUGGUGGGAAGGAGAGCUCAACGGCAGACGAGGAGUGUUCCCUGACAACUUCGUGAAGUUACUUCCGCCCGACUUUGAAAAGGAGGGGAAUAGACCCAAGAAGCCACCUCCUCCGUCAGCUCCCAUCAUCAAGCAAGGGGCAGGUACCAUUGAAAGAAAACAUGAAAUUAAAAAGAUACCUCCUGAAAGACCAGAAACGCUUCCGAACAGAACAGAAGAAAAAGAAAGACCAGAGAGAGAGCCAAAACUGGAUUUACAGAAGCCUUCUGUUCCCGCCAUACCGCCCAAAAAGCCGCGGCCACCCAAGACCAACUCUCUCAGCAGACCAGGCGCGCUGCCCCCGAGGCGGCCGGAGCGACCAGUGGGUCCCCUGACCCACACCAGGGGUGACGGUCCAAAGAUCGACUUGGUGGGCAGUUCUAUAUCCGGCAUCCUGGACAAGGACCUCUCGGACCGCAGCAAUGACAUCGACCUAGAAGGUUUUGACUCCGUGGUAUCAUCUACUGAGAAACUCAGUCACCCAACCACAAGCAGACCAAAAGCCACAGGGAGGCGGCCUCCGUCCCAGUCCCUGACGUCCUCUUCCCUUUCAAGCCCUGAUAUCUUUGACUCCCCAAGUCCCGAAGAAGAUAAAGAAGAACACGUUUCUCUUGCACACAGAGGAGUGGACGCGUCAAAGAAAACUUCAAAGACUGUUACCAUAUCCCAAGUGUCCGACAACAAAGCCUCCCUGCCGCCCAAGCCAGGGACCAUGGCUGCGGGCGGCGGUGGGCUGGCCCCUCUGUCCUCAGCAGCAUCCUCCCCCCUGUCGUCCUCUUUGGGAACAGUUGGACACAGAGCCAACUCCCCGUCUCUGUUCGGCACGGAAGGAAAACCAAAGAUGGAGCCUGUGGCCAGCAGCCAGGCGGCCGUAGAGGAGCUGAGGACGCAGGUCCGGGAGCUGAGGAGCAUCAUCGAGACCAUGAAGGACCAGCAGAAACGAGAGAUUAAGCAGUUACUGUCAGAGUUGGAUGAAGAGAAGAAAAUCCGGCUUCGGUUGCAGAUGGAAGUUAAUGACAUAAAGAAAGCUCUUCAAUCAAAAUGAAUACUUGAUAAAUGAAAUGUCACAUUAUUCAUCCCGAGUCUAAGACUCACAUUUUCCGCCCCAGCCAAAAUAACCUUGUGCCAAAAGAUUAAAGGUUUGCCUCAACAUGUCCCUGUUUGAAAGAUUAGCACAAAAGUCUUGAUAGCACAACACAAAUUCCAUCCAAGAGGAGACUCUUCCCCAUGGUAUAGUCCUGGGUCUGGCACUGGUUGUGACUUAAACAGAGCAAAUUGUGCUAAAGGCUUUUUUACUAUGAGAUCUCACGUGAAACGAAAACUCAGGCAGUUUAGUCCAUAGUGGUACUAUUUUGAUGAUAUUUUCCAUUAAUAAAAUGUAAUUUUAGAUUCUUCGUUUACAAGCUUUAUAAUUUUAUGAUUUUUUUAAAUCGUGUUUUGCCACAGAUUCCCCCCGUGUUUGUAUUACACAUAGUCUGGAGCGAGCAUCCCAUUCUUUUGCUUUAGGCGGAAUGCUGCCUCGCUCUGUGUCCCCCUCAAGGAGCCUAUUACAUAUGCAAUUUUAGGUCCAACCUGUCCCUUCUCCUGCCAGCAAACCCCACCACCCUAAGAUAAAUUUUAGCUUAUAUAUGAUGGUAUAUUUACAAAACGAGAAAGAGAAAAUCUGGUAUUUGCAAUGAUCUGUGCCUUCUUUUUACCACCCUCUUGAUUGGAGCUUUUGUGAUGCAGCUACCAUGAUUUAAAAAACACACACACAUUUUUGUUUAGCCACUUAUCCAAGUCCACUAGAGGCCACUGUCUUCAAAGCUUCUCUCGCCUAACCAAAGGUCCUAAGAGGAGACAGCUGUGAAGUUGGGCGUGCUCUUUGGUACCAGCUGUGACUUUUAAGUUCUCCUAGUUUUAGGUUGUUCAUGAACUAGAAAUGUCACCCCUGCUUGAUUUUUCAUCAGCCAAGUUAAACCCCUGCUUCCUGUCCUUUGCACCUUUUGAGUGAACAGAAUAUGCAUUAUUAAAGCAAAAAUAAAUAAAAGUAAAAUGCAAAUGAAAAC